AUGCGUCAGGACGGCCUGGACGAGGGUUUUGUUGGAGAGGAGGACCCCAUGUGUCCUACAAUUUACUUCACGGCGGCGGAAGAGCGUACGUACUGUCACAACUUCCGGUCUGCUCUCGUCGUUCAAGCAUUGGGUCGGUCAGUGUCUUACACGGCGGUUUCACUACGGUUGAACACGAUAUGGGCCAAGGCAGGAGGGAUCCAAGUCACGUCCAUGAAGAACAACUAUUUCCUGGUCCGCUUUACCAGUGGCCUUGACUACGACCGGGCGGUCACGAAUGGUCCAUGGAUGAUCGGACAGAACUACCUUUCAGUGCAUAUGUGGGACCGAGAUUUCGACCCGUACAACCAUGAAGUCUCCUCGACUCUAGUUUGGGCCCGGUUGCUUGAAAUUCCCAUUCAGUAUUUUCAUGAGGAUGCUGUAAUGAGAAUUGGUCGACGCAUCGGAAGACCGAUUCGAAUAGACGAGGCCACACGCACAGCAGCACGUAGUGACUACGCCCGAGUUUGUGUGCAGGUGGAUCUCACGAAACCCCUGCUCUCGAAGUUCUCCAUCAAGGGCAAGAGGUACUUUAUCCAGUAUGAAGAGAAUCUCUAUGGGGAGUGGAUGAUAGCUAAACGCAAACCCCGUCCUUCCAAGAAAGAGGUGGGGAAAAAUUCAAACUGGGGAGGAUCGAUCGUCGACAAAGUGCAAAAGAGGGCAGGGGGAUCGCGGUUUGCGGCUUUGGACGAGGAGUCUGACUCGCACAGGGCGACAUCCGAGCCCGAGACUGAUACCAGCGAGCCGAAUAAGUCCAAGCAGCAGCGUAACCAGAGCCGAAACAAACACACCAAGGUGCAGGAACAAGGAACACGUGCUUCGAAGGAGAGCGGUCCAACUAGUGAAACCUGGGAGCCAAACCCGAAGCCUACACAAGUUGUGGGGAACGGGAGUCACUCAAGGUUGUCCAAGCACGUUGAGACCGACCAGGCAAUGCAGGAAACCCACACUCGCAUGGAGGACGUGGUCUUGGAGAAGCCUCCCAUGCAAAGGGGUGGGGAGUCACUGGAACCUCAAGUUCCUUCAUCGAUCACCACCAUUUUGAAUGGCCGCCCACCCGACACUAGCUCGGACAUCCACCCAAUGAGCUCCGGGCCUCCGGACGAGAGCAUGAAGACACAAUCUUCGGGGAAACAUAGCGACGGGAUCCACCCGUCGAACGCGUAA